ACAGUGCUCUGCACUUUCCUUCAUCACUGCUAAUCUUCAUUAUGGGCAAAUCUCAGUCAAAACUGUCACCGGAGCAACUUGCUGAUCUUCAGAAGAAUACUUACUUCGACAAGAAAGAACUUCAGCAAUGGUAUAAAGGUUUCAGGAAGGAUUGUCCAUCAGGCCAGCUUGACAAGGCAGAAUUUGGUCGGAUAUACAAACAGUUCUUCCCAUUCGGUGAUCCUACCGAGUUCGCGGACUACGUCUUCAACGUCUUCGAUGAGAACAAGAACGGAACCAUAGAUUUCAAGGAGUUCAUCUGUGCACUCAGCGUCACAAGUCGAGGUAGAUUGGACGAGAAACUGAAAUGGGCUUUCCAACUCUACGAUAUAGACAAAGAUGGAACCAUCACUUACGACGAAAUGCUUCAAAUCGUCCAGGCAAUAUACAAGAUGACUGGCGAGAUGGUUAAGCUACCUAACGACGAGGAUACUCCAGAAAAGCGCGUGGACAAGAUUUUCAAGAACAUGGAUCGUGACAAGGAUGCAAAGCUCACAUUUGAGGAAUUUGUAGAAGGAAGUAAGCAAGAUCCAACCAUAGUACAGGCUCUCUCUCUAUAUGACGGAUUGGUGUAAUUGUUUCUGCGCCUCGAAGCUGUACUUUUUUCAUUUGAAUUUUUGACUCUACUAUCCUCGCUGGGUCCUCAUGGUGGUGGCGUUCGGUAACUAUGACGAGCACAAGGUUUGGCGGACACGCUUUCGAAUAUAGGACUACGUAGUGUACAUAUGAUUGAACAUCCACU